UGGACGACAACCGACAUGACCGACAUGCUGCUAUCAAUGGAUAUUGCAAAAGCGACCACCACAACGGAGGUCCACCGGCACACGCUGAUUUUCGAAUUUUCACUCUUAUAAAUAGCAGCCAGUUGCUAAUGUUCUUGAAAAGUUCAGGCACGCAUGGCUGACGCCACCACGAUGUGUAUGAUUCCGCAUAGUACGCUUUUUUUUUUUUUAGCUUCUUCAAACCGGCAUGCAUCAGUCCGGGCGUAUAUCUUCUCCCCGCACUCCCCCUUUUCUCCUCUUUCACACGCAAAAUUUUCCACUCCCACUUUGAGCAAUACUCUCCACCACCACCACUACCACCACCACCAACUAUUGACAUGAAUGAAUCGAUACCCCGCCGCCGCGCGAAUAGUGCGGAUAAAGUGGCAGAGUUCAGGCAGUCGCCCAUGCUACAGCACCAGAGCCAGAACCAAAUCCAGAACCAGAAUCAGCAUCAGCAUCCGCCCAGGGCUCAUCUGGCAGACAACCUGCUGCAUCCGACCGGUGCAGUGCGGGUUGAGCUCGAGACGCUAGCAGCAGACUACCGACACCACCCCUACGCUAGUGACAUGAUACCGGGAUAUGCCAUGCCCUAUCUGUUUAUGCAAAAGACGGGUGCCCCGCAAACAUCCCCAACCAGCCACCCCAGGACGAGCGCCGAUUCAGCAGGGCUGGUGCGUAAGCAGAGGCGGACCCAGGCAUGCGAUUGGUGCCACUCGAAGCGUAUAAAGUGUGAGGGUGGCAACCCCUGCAACAGCUGCACAAAGAGGGACAUCCGGUGCCAAUGGCGGAAAAUGAAGCGGCGUGGACCAAAGCCCAGGACCCACGCCCAGAUAUCAGCCGCCGCGCAGCCAGUGAAGAAGACAAUCAAGCACAAGCCCUCUGCCGCAGAUCUGUCGAACCUCUUGGCCCCUGACACUAGCAAGCCAAACAGCGUGCGCGACAGCAGCCCAGAAAAGUCAGUUGGCUCUGAAGCGCUGUCGCCGGGCAAGACUGUCGUUGCCGAACCAAACACACCUGCGUCUGAGUGCAGCAGCCUGUCGGAAGGAAUCGUCGCUCCACCGCCGAUUGGAUCCCUGGUCGAGGACUUUUUCUCGGACAAGGUGGACGCCGACACACGAGAGGCACUGCUGGCGUUCUUUGAUUACAUCUACGCAUUUUUGCCCGUUUUCCAUCCGUCCACAUUUAUCCGACGAGUUGUUGCUGGCGACGUCAAUCCGCUCCUCAUCGACAUCAUCAAAGCCCUGUCAGCUCCGUAUAUCAAGUCAGGUGCCUACAACCACAUUGACGCGCAGCAGCUUAUCGAUAACGUCAAGGCACGCAUCCUAUUUGCCAUCGAGACCCCGACAAUCGAUGUGAUUCAUGCCGUGUUCUUUCUCUACAUUACCGAGAUGCGCCAUGAGCGAGCAACGUCGUUCUCGGCGCUGAUGUCGGUGGCAAUUGGCACCAUUAUCAAACUGGGAUGGCACGAGAUCGACCUGUACAAAACCAAGAAGGCGAAGACCUGGGACGAGUGGGUCGAUGCAGAGACAAAGCGCAGGACCUUCUGGUGUAUCAUCCACGGCGACUUCAAUCGGUUCGUUUUUCCAGGGCCGCCCAGCCAUGAUUCCUGAGUCGGUGAUGUAUGUGCGGUCGCCGUGUGCCGACUCGGAGUGGAUAGACGUCGACUUCCCGCUGUCCCCAUCGGCACGAAUUGAGCGGCGCAGGGAGAAAUCUGUCGAGUCGCAGAGCAGCAGCACCAGCACCAGCACCCAGCCUACCGACCCGACGGCUGUCACUGGAGCAAUAUCGCACUCGUUUGCGCUGCUCUGUGAACUGAUUGCGGUUGACAGCCGGAUCGCCAGGUUCCUGUACAAUGCCAAGGCUGCCAAGAUCGACCCAGAGGAAGACCUGGCGGAGCGGCCAUUCCCAGCUGUCGACUUCCUGAGCCCA